CCGACCACAAUGGCGGCCUCCUGAGUCCCGAGGUGACAGGGUUAGGUAGGACUUCAAACUGUGGCCGACUGCGGGUGCUGCUGCCCCGUGACUUAUGUGGAGCCAGGCACCUGGUAGCUGAAUGAGGCUCCCACCCGGCCAUGGAUGAGGUCACCUUCAGAAGCGACACUGUGCUGUCGGACGUCCACCUCUACACCCCAAACCACAGACACUUCAUGGUGCGACUGAACAGCAUGGGGCAGCCCGUUUUCCUGACCCAGUUCAAGCUUCUGCGGAACGGAGACGCCCAGACAGACUCAGGGGCAGAGGGUGGUGGUCAUGGAGGUGCUUGCACCCGGGAGUCACCGCCCCAGGGGACUGGCAGCCCCGGAUCCCCGCUGGGAAGCCGCUGCAGUGACGCCUGCCCGGAGGGGGUGGGAGUUCAGCUGGACGAGGAUGGGGAUUUGGAUGUGGUGAGAAGACCCCGGGCUGCCUCUGACCCGGACGUACCUGGACCUGCGAGAGACAAGGUCCAUCCAGUGAUUCUCAGGCAGGAAGAGGACGACAUCCUGGACGACACAGCCCAAGGGAGUGACCCCAACAAUGUCAUCAAAAUAGAGCACACCAUGGCCACCCCGCUGGAGGAUGUUGGCAAGCAGGUGUGGCGGGGUGCCCUGCUCCUGGCUGACUACAUCCUGUCCCAGCCGGACCUCUUCCAGGGGCGCACGGUGCUGGAGCUGGGGGCCGGCAUGGGGUUGGUCAGCAUCAUUGCAGCCACCAUGGCGAGGACCGUGUACUGCACAGAUGUGGGGACAGACCUCUUGGCCAUGUGCCAGCGGAACACCAGCCUCAACAGUCACCUGACUGCUGCUGCAGGCGGCACGGUCAAGGUCAAAGAACUGGACUGGCUGAAAGUGGACCUCUGCACUGACCCCGCGGCCCCCUUCAGCUGGUCGGAGGAGGACCUCACGGACCUGUACGAGCACACCACGGUGCUGCUGGCCGCCGAAGUGUUUUAUGAUGACGACCUCACUGACGCACUGUUUAAGACCCUCUCUGCGCUGGCUCUCAAGCUCAAGAACGCCUGCACCGCCAUCCUGUCUGUGGAGAAGAGGCUCAACUUCACACUGAGACACUUGGACGUCACGUGCGAGGCCUACGACCACUUCCGCUCCUCGCUGCAGCGGCUGGAGAGGCUCACCGACGGGCCUCUGCGCUUCGUGGUAGAGCCCGUGGAGGCCUCCUUCCCGCAGCGCCUGGUCUACGAGCGCAUCCGGCAGCUGGAGCUCUGGAAGGUGUUUGUGGAGCGAGUCACGUGACCAUCCUUCAGCAAGCUGGGCUUCGUGACUGUUCUUGUGAUAUUUUUCUAAUAAAAUCAAAAGCUC